AUGUUGCAUAGAAGGAAGCUACUAACUUUCCCACCCUAUGCAGAGACCCCAGAAUCCAACAACGGCGUGUAUACUUCCUUCAUGAAGUCUCAUCGCUGCUAUGACCUGAUUCCCACAAGUUCCAAAUUAGUUGUAUUUGAUACUUCCCUGCAGGUGAAGAAAGCUUUCUUUGCCUUGGUGACUAAUGGUGUACGAGCUGCCCCUUUGUGGGACAGUAAUAAGCAAAGUUUUGUGGGUAUGCUUACCAUCACGGACUUCAUCAAUAUCCUGCAUCGCUACUAUAAAUCAGCCUUGGUACAGAUCUAUGAACUUGAAGAACAUAAGAUAGAAACUUGGAGAGAGGUGUACCUACAGGACUCCUUUAAACCACUUGUCUGCAUUUCUCCCAAUGCCAGCUUGUUUGAUGCUGUCUCAUCAUUAAUUCGAAACAAGAUCCACAGGCUGCCAGUUAUUGAUCCAGAAUCAGGCAACACAUUGUAUAUCCUCACCCACAAGCGUAUCCUCAAGUUCCUAAAAUUAUUUGUAAGUGCUCUCAAUAAACCAGAGUUCAUGUCUAAAUCUCUGGAGGAGCUUCAGAUUGGCACCUAUGCCAACAUUGCUAUGGUCCGUACUACCACCCCUGUCUAUGUGGCUCUGGGCAUCUUUGUACAGCACCGAGUUUCUGCCCUGCCAGUGGUGGACGAGAAAGGGCGUGUGGUGGACAUCUACUCCAAGUUUGAUGUUAUUAAUCUGGCAGCAGAAAAGACCUACAAUAACCUUGAUGUGUCUGUGACCAAAGCCCUGCAACACCAAUCACACUAUUUUGAGGGUGUCCUGAAGUGCUAUCUACAUGAGACUCUCGAGACUAUCAUCAAUAGACUUGUAGAAGCAGAGGUUCAUCGACUUGUGGUGGUGGAUGAGAAUGAUGUGGUCAAGGGAAUUGUAUCUCUCUCUGACAUCCUUCAGGCCCUGGUGCUUACAGGUGGAGAGAAGAAUCCCUGA